AGAGCUGACGUGCGCGCACCUCAACCUGCCUUUUAAGUCAAAGCGUCAUUAACGAAAUUCUAACAAUUCAGGAUACCAAAUGUGUGUAAAUUCGUCCCAGAUUAACUAUACAAUGAAAAGCUGACGGUUUGUUGAAAAUUUGUUUCAUUGUGGGUGUUUUUAAUAAAGUCUUCUGAAGGCUUCAGAGUUUUGAACAUUUGUGGCUGCGGUUUCCAAGCGCUUCGUUUCUUUUAAACUGAGAUGUCAAUGGCUUGAAUUUUAUAUCCCAGGCAGUCUGUCUCUGAACCUCACUGUCACUGAUUCACUUUCAAGCAGGUGUGGAGCAUGUGGGCCAGCUGCUGCGGCUUGCUCUGUCUGGACGAUUCCACAGUGGAGGACACCAGAAGUAGCUCACGUCAUCAGGCCUUCACUAACUCUGGCUUCAACAGCUACCCAUCUUCCCCUGCUCCUGAACACAUGUGCAAGGCAUGCGGUGGUCGCUUUGACAGCCUGGCCAGGAAGCACAUGUGCAUGGACUGCAAGAAAAGUUACUGCAGCCAGUGCUCGGCUCAGCAGGACCUCCAGCCAUGGCUGUGCCAUACUUGUCAGCGUUUCCAAGGCAUUUUGUUUGCACCAGCAGAGCUGAUGAAGCUUAAGGUGAAGGACCUGAGGGAUUACCUCCAUCUGCAUGGGGUCCCCACUCAGACGUGCCGCGAGAAGGAGGAGCUGGUCGAGCUGGUUCUUGGCCAGCAGACACCUACAUCUGAAACGCACAUUUCACCCCCAGUGAACACAGACACAGACCAGGAAGCCCCUAACACUCCAAUCAUAACAGCAAGCCCCUCAGAGAACAAUGCUGCAUUAAAUUUGGGACCCCAGACUCAAGCAACAGAGGAUGAACAGAGCUUGUCAGUGGCAGAACCGACAGCUGAAAGCGAGAUGGACACAGACCUACAGGUGGAACAAGACUUUCAGUUGUCAGACUCUGAGGAGGUGUUGGUCCCUGGGCGGCGGGCGUCUCUCUCAGACCUCAGAUCAGUAGAGGAUAUUGAGGCUCUGAGCGUCCGGCAACUAAAGGAGAUCCUGGCAAGGAACUUUGUCGACUAUAAGGGCUGCUGUGAGAAAUGGGAGCUGAUGGAGAGAGUAACGCGCCUAUAUCAUGACCAGAAGGACCUGCAGAACAUGGUGACUAUUACCACAGAAGGCACAGACACUGGCUCUGGGACAGCCGUAGAGGAGAAUCUCUGUAAAAUCUGUAUGGACUCACCCAUUGACUGUGUUCUUUUGGAGUGCGGACACAUGGUCACAUGCACCAAGUGCGGCAAGCGCAUGAAUGAAUGUCCCAUCUGCCGACAGUAUGUGGUGCGGGCGGUGCACGUGUUCAGAUCCUGAAUGGCAUUUUCUGUCUACAAAGCUUGUUCUUGUUCUUUGCGCCGUGAUGACCAACGUCCCUCAUAUUAUACAGUCCUUACCCCAAACAAUGGAAUUAAUAUACAAUAAAACUAGAACAGUCAGGUGGCCUGUAAUUCUUGCACAAUUAUUACACAAUUAUCUUGUGGCACUUUAAACAAUAACAGAGGUGCUAAAAUUUCUAAGCAAUAACAGUACUGGUUUCGUUUUUAUUUUUGUCUCAGUUUAAGUAACUUUUCAGUGUGCCUUCUAAAACUGCCAGAAUAUAUAUAUCUCACAUCACAGCACAGUAAUGUCUUCCGGAAGGAAAUUGGUACUUUAAUUCACCAAAGAGUGGCAUUCAACUGAUCACAAAGUAUAGUCAGGACAUUACUGAUGUAAAAAACAGAACCAUCACUAUUUGAAAAAAGUCAUAUUUGAUAAAAUCUAGACAGGUCCCAUUUCCAGCAGUCAUCACUCUAACACUCUAAGUUGAAAGCUAUUUGGUUUGUUAAAUGAAGCUUAACAUUGUCUUUGUGGUUGUUUUUGAGUUGCCACAGUAUGCAAUAGACUGGCAUGUCUUAAGGUCAAUAUUAGGUCAAAAAAGGCAAAAAAGAAACAGCUUUCUCUAGAAACUCGUCAGUUAAUCAUUGUUUUGAGGAAUGAAGCCUAUAUAAUGCUUGAAAUUUCAUACAAAGGUGUACACUAUGGUCUUCAAAGACAAAGGACAACUGGCUCUAACAAGGACAGAAAAAGAUGUGGAAUGCCAGAUGUACAACUAAACAAGAGGAUAAGUACAUCAGAGUCUCUAGUUUGAGAAACAGACGCCUCACAUGUCCUCAGCUGACAGCUUCAUUGAAUUCUACCCGCUCAACACCAGUAUGUAGAACAGUAAAAAGAAGACUCAGGUACAGGCCUUAUGGGAAGAAUUGUAAAGAAAAGGCCACUUUUGAAACAGAAAAACGAAAAGGUUAGAGUGGGCAAAGAAAUGCAGACAUUAGACAACAGAUAACUGGAAAAGAGUGUUAUGGAUCUUAAACCCACUGAGCUUUUGUGGGAUCAGCUUGAAUGUAAGGUGCAUGAGAAGUGCACGACAAGACAGCCACAUCUAUGGCAAGUGCUACAGGAAGUGUGGGGUGAAAUGUCACCUGAUUAUCUGGACAAACUGACAGCUAGAAUGCCAAGGAUCUGCAAAGCUGUCAUUGCUGCACGUGGAGGAUUUUUUGAUGAGAACUCUUUGAAGUAGUUUAAGAAGUUCUGAAUUCUUUUUUUUUUUUCCCAAAUUGUAAUAGUAAUUUUUCGUGUUAUUAAUGUCUUGACUAUACAUUGUGAUCAGUUGAAUAUCACUUUGGUGAAUAAAAGUACCAAUUUCUUUCCAUAACAGCAAAACUUUUGGCCGUGUGUGUGUGUGUGUGUGUGUGUGUCAGUGUGUCAAAUUUAAGAUCUGACCAGA